GUAAAAGUGCGCGCCCCGGCUUCAAAACGGUAACAGGAAGGAAGAAGACCAUGCGAGAUCAGAGAACCCUGGAUGAGAACAGGACAUGUUCUGAGCCUCUCAGAUACAACUAAAAGACUCUGAACAAGUGAACUACUACUGUGUUCCAGCUGUAUUACAGUACAUAUACCCCACUCCCCUGUAUAACUUAACUGUAUAACACCUCCCACCAUGCCACUGAUAGUGCUGCCCACCUCCCAGCUGCUGUGGGUGCGUGUGGCUGCCCUGUUGUUCUCCUGCGUGGCCUUCAGUGUGGUGGCCCACGGGGCCUCCCUCUCCCACGGGUUAGCAGACUGGUGUGUGUUCUGCUGGGCCUUCAGCUUCUCCGGGACCCUGCUGGUACUGCUGGUGGAGCAUUUUGGCCUCCAGGCCCGAGCCCCCGUCUCCUGGAACAACUUCCCCAUCACCAUGGCCUGCUACGCCACCCUGCUCUGCCUCUCCGCCUCCAUCAUCUUCCCCGUCUACUUCCUCAAGGGCCAGCAGAACCACGGGGAGCUCCGGGACAGACGCAUCGCCUCCACCGUCUUCUCCUGCCUGGCCACCGUGGCCUACCUGUGGGAGGUGACCCUGAAGCGGGCACGGCCGGGUGAGGUCACAGGCUACAUGGCCACAGCUCCAGGCCUGCUCAAGGUGUGCCAGACCUUCGUGGCCUGCAUCAUCUUCAUACUGGUCAGCGACCCUGUAUCGUACGAACAUCACCCAGCGCUCAAGUGGUGCAUGGCGGUCUACUGUAUCUGUUUCAUCCUGUCGGCGGCCGUGGUGGUGCUGUGUGUCGGGGAGUGUACCGGCUGCCUCCCGUUCCCCUUCGCACGCUUCCUGUCAGCCUACGGCCUGCUGGCUGUUGUCAUGUACCUGACCGCCACCAUUAUCUGGCCAGUGUUCCAGUUCGACAAGAGUUACAGCCACACCCAAACCAAGCAGCAGCCCACACUGGUGACGGUUGCAGUUCUCACCGCUCUCAACUUCCUGCUCUACCUGGCCGACCUGGCGUACUCUGCACGCCUGGUGUUUGUCAGUGUGUGAGAGAGGAGGGAGGAGGUGAAGAGGGGAGAGAGGAGCGGGAUGUGGGACAAAAACUACUGUGUAAAAUUAAUUCAGUUGUGAAAGUAUUUCUGCAUUGCCUUUAUCUUCCCCAAGCAAAUGAAAAGACAGUUAUUUCUCUUUAUUGUAUUAUGUGGGCUACAUUUGGGCUGAUACAAAACAGGUAAAACAAAAAAAUGCUGCAAUGUGAAUAGAAAUGUCACCGAUGUAUUUCAUUACAUGGGUUAUUGUUAGAUGAUUGCAAACAAACUUGCCGCUUGGCAUCACCCUGCAGCAGAGUUUAUCACAGUAGCAAUGUAACGUUGCAACAGCACAGGCAUUUUGAAAAUAAAUGUUUGAACCAACGUAUCUGGGUAAUCUGAUCAGCCUGUCGGAGAGCCAGAGUGCCUGGUUGAAGUGCUCUGCUAAUGUGCACUGUGACUGUAUUUCUUCUAUAAAUAAACGCUGUGUUUUAUA